AUGGGUGCUAAAGAGGUUGACAAGGCCCUCCGGGAAUCCUUCAAGAAGGGCUUGGCUGUGCGAAAGAGCAUAGCUGAUCUCAAAGAAAGUAAGAAGCUUGAGAAGGGUGAGAAAGCCAAGAAGACACGUGGCACUCUCAGUGUGGCCUCCUCGUCGUCUUCCGGGGUGCCAGAUAAUCCGCCCGUGGGGCUGGAUGAACGCAAGCCGAAAGCCAAGGGCAAGGCGAAGCCCCUGCCCAAGGAGCCUGAGGAGGAGGAAGAGGAAUCUGACAAUCAGGAUCCCGGCAAACUGUUGAAGGCCACCCCAAAGACCCGAGCCACGCCCAAAACCAAGAGCAAAGCCAGCCACACCGCCAAAGAGCCACAGGAGGAGGAAGAGGAAAAAGAGGAUUCCCCGGAGGCCGCCAAGCCCCCAACCCGAGCCACGCCGAAAUCCAAGGGCCGAGCCACGCCGAAAGAGGAACAGGAAUUUGAUGAAAGUCAGGAUUCCGCCAAUCUGCCAAAGGCCACCCCAAAGAGCCGGGCCACGCCGAAAGCCAAGAGCAAGGCCACAUGCACCGCCGAAGAGCCACAGGAGGACGAAGAGGAAGAGAAUCAGGAAGAGGAGGAAGACAUCGCAGCGGAACCCAAGAAAAAGGCAACCCCGAAGUCGAAAGCUGCAACAAUCCGCAGGACAAAGAAAAGAGCCUUGAAGCGCAAGAAUGCAAAGGAGAGCUUGGAGGAGGAUGCUGCAAAGAGCACGAAGAGCAGGGCCAUCACCGCUCGCACACCCCCGAAAGUCCGCCUGCAUGGGAAGACCAAGCCUGCAAGAAAAAAUCAGAAGGUACCUCCGGCCCCGCAUCCAGAUGAAGCUGACACCCAGCUCGAGAACCUAGGGAACCAGCCAGGUGAUGACUCCGAUGGUUUGGCACCGCAGCAUGAGGAGGAGGAGCACUCGGAACACCAUGAUGACACGGAGCACACAGAACAGGAUGAUGACGAGGAGCAAGAGGAUGGCGAGAAGCACCCAGAACAGAAUGAUGAGGAGCAGCAGGAGGAUGAUGGCGAGGAGCACCCAGAACAGCAUGAUGAGGAGGAGCAGCCAGAAGAGGACAAGGAUGAUGACCAGGAUUCUCCCGAGUCCUGUCUCACCUUCAAAGCCGGGCAACACAGCCUGAAUUAUGCGGGCGAGGCGGCACUUCGUGGCACGCUUGCUCGAGGCGACUCCCUAUCUGACUUGUCGGAUCUAUUGAAAACGUCCCUUGUCCUCAAUCCAAUGCCUGAAACCUUAAACUAUCUAUGUAGCCACACACCCCCAUGUUACCAGUUGAAACCUAAUCAUGAUCCAAGGCUUGGCCCCAGUGCCAGCCAACUCGGCUACGCAGAGGAGCUAAGCGGCUUGCUUCGACGUGUUGAUGGUUUGGUGCAAAGCAAGGAAGCCGAGUCUAGUGCGAAGGCAGCAGCAGCCAAGCCCGAGCCAGGAUCAAAGCCCGCAUCCCCACCCAAGCGAAAAAAGACAGCAUCAAAGCCCGCAUCCCCGUCCAAGCAAACAGCUGAAUCACCCGAGAAGCCGUCAGCUGCCAAGCCACCAGCCCCGGCCGCAAGAAAGCCCGCACUCCUGGCCCUGCCGGCCACGGCUGGUCAGGUUGAGGGUCAGGAGAGAGAAGGUGUUGACCGCUUUUACAAGGCUGGCAAGUUCGACGGGUGCCCGAACGUCAAGAUGCUCAUGGAAGGCUCGCUCGAGGAUCGCAACAAAGCCCUGCGAGAGUGGGUGACUUUCGGUGGCAAUGCAGCCCAGAUGGAAGCCAAGCUGAGCUUCGAGCGAACGAGCUCGGUUCUUGGACAGCGGGUGUGGGAACAGGUUGCGGUGAAGGACAUGCGGCAUCCGCCGUAUUCGUUCAGCAAGCUGCCCGGUGUUGAUUUAACGCAGUGCAUGUGCUAUGUGCUUGCUGCAAUGAUAGCUCUUCAGUUGCUGUUGGUACGCAUCACCUGCACUGAGACGAAAGAUUGA